CGGCGAGCGAGCUUUGGGCAAUCAGGUGUGAGUGAGCGAAGGAAAAAAUUCGCGUCAAAUUCUCUCCCUCUAAUUCUAAUUCUAAGCCACAGCGAUGAGCGAAUUUGUGUGGGGACUCAAGAACGGCGACCUGGACCAAGUGAAGGAGGCUGUGGAGAAGCAGGGAGCAGAUGUUAACCUGGCAAUCGAGGGCCGGCCACCCCUUUGCCUAGCCUCCGACUACGGCCAGCUUGACGUCAUCAAAUACCUCCUUGACAAGGGAGCCAACGUAGAUUCAACAGAUAAACAUGGUAUCAGCGCACUAUUAGCAGCUAUCUGGGAAGGACACACACAGUGCGUCAAAGUCCUUCUUGAAGCGGGGGCCAGUAAGACGGGCACAGCACCAGACGGCACAAGUUACUUGGACGCGGCCGAAAAGGACGAGAUUAAAGCCCUUCUCAGAUAAGCUUAGCCAGCCAAUAAGUUUCCAAGGGUGCGAGAGCCGGAAGUGGGUAGGAAGUUAACCAACCAAAUGGCUUGUAUUUUUGUCAUAGAGGCAUUAUUAGUAAGAGAAGUCCUGUGUGUAUUGUGUAUAGGCCUAUCAAGAAUUGUCAGUCAUUGGCUGUGAGAAUGGUGAUCUUCGAGUCUUUGUUUAAUGUGGACGUUUGCAGUUAGAUCCUCACAGCUCAAGGUAAUGAUCUAAACAUUAGAUUAGAAUAUUUUUUAAUAAUAAUAUUUUUGUUUAUAUUUUUAUCAUUCUCAUUGUUUUUCUUAAUUUAUAUUCACACUGAGAAAGGUUUAGAACGAAGGUAUGUGCAAGUAUAAGUCCAGGAAGUAAUAUCAAGUAUAACUACUAGUGUAAGAGUUGAUGUUAUUAAUGAAGCAUUGAUUUUGAAAAAAAAAAAAAAAAAAAUCAUCAGUAUAUAAUUCCUAAACCUCCCCCCCAAAUACCUAGUCUCUCGAGAAGUAAAACAAAAACAAUCCCUGCCUUAACAUCCCAAGGUGGUGGUGACUUUCAUGCACCUGAGACUGAGGGAAAAUAUUCAGGUGUUGGGAUGAUGGUACUGCCGUCCAGCUGUGAAAGAACUCAUUAAAGAUACGUAUUCUCAACACCAGUCCGUUGACACAUUAGGGCAAGGUCUAUAACCCACACAUAGGUUAAUUCUUUUCCAUCAUGUAUACAACUGAAAGUUAGAAUUAUAUUUUCAUUUAAAGAAGCAAAGGAAUUAUAGCCAUCAUGCUGUGGAGAAGUUUCAGCCUUGAUAUUGUCUCUCUAUGUGGCUUUGAUGGUAAUGAAGUCAGUUCUGAGGCUCAGGAUUCAGAUAAUGGGUUUGAUUGGUGCCUGAAAUGUUGUCCUCUUCUGCUUAACUUCCAACUAAAUUUACCAGUGUUACCUUGUGCAUCAUUAACGGGAGGAGAAUCAGCUCGUUUUUAAAAUUCAUAGGUAUAGUAGUGGAUUAAUGGUUUUAACUUUUCUUUAGAUAAAGAGGACAGGUUAAUUCAAUAGCCUUAUAUAUUUUGUAAUCAUUUACAUAAUUAAUCAAGCAGCAUCUGGAUAUUUUGGAUAUAUUAUUUUUUUCUUCUUUUCUUUUCUUUUCUUUUUACUUCAAUUAAGAUCUGUAACGUUUUAAAUGGCACAGCUUUUAUUUCAUAUAAGACAGAAUGUGUAUUCAUGGAUAUUAUUAACAGGUCAAAGAAUAUAUAUGAUGCAGAUGCAUUAUACUUUCCCCUUGAGAUUAGUAUUGGCAUUAAUAGAUCAAAGUAUGAAGUAAGGAUUGUGUUUGUUUUCAAUCAUUUGUCACAUGAGAUUUGAAAAGCAAGCAGUCAGAUACUAUAUAUAAACCAAAGGAAGGGACUUAUUUGUGGUACAUUAUACAGUAUCCACAGCUACUGGUUGAAUCAGAUUGCCUUUUCUUCUGCUGUACCAUGCAUGAUAAAAACUAUAUAUAUUGCUGCAGGAGAUGGAGCUUUGCAUGAAAGUAGACUAUGCUUUAUAAUAACUCUUAAAACCCAUCUUAUGUCUCAAGCUUGCAGUAACAGUAAAAACUAUUAUCCUAGUAUGGCCUAUCUCAGCUGUGAUAAAUGCACUAAACAUUUAUAUUUGUACAUACCUCCGUUAUUACUGCUCUGGUGUGAUGUGAGGGAACACAUAAACAAUUGGAAAUGCUUGUUUAGAUCUAAAAAUCUAUUUAUGCCUCUUUAAUCCUUCUUAUGUACCAGCAUGUGAGAAUCUUUCCAUACUUACUAGAGUAUCUGUAAGGCAGAACACAUCUUUUGUCAACUUUUUACACUCCAGUUCAGACUCUCUGCUCUUCAUGCAAUGCAGGUUUCUGAUAAGCUUGUAUAAGGCUUUUACAAACAAGAAAAAAGUACUAAAAAAUAAGAAAAAAAAAGUUAUAUAAAACACAUAUAUUUUCCUAUCCUGAUACAGUAAUGGAGUGGCUAAGUAGCUUACUCUGGUCCAGAGACUCGCUCCUAUAUUGGAGGAAAACACAACUUCUUACCCUGACCCUGUCGUGAUGCCUUCAAUUAAAUGUAUUAGAAAGCCUUAAAAAUAAUAAUAAUAAAGCAACAAACUUGCUCACGUAUGGCACACUUGCAGGGACAGAUUGAGAGACACACACAUGCAUAUGCAACCAUCAUACAAAUUAGAAGAUACAUUUCUCCCUUUAAACUUUUUCCUGCACAAUAGGCAUCAUAAUGGUAAAAGACACUGCUUUCCUUUUUUUUCUUUCUCUCUUUUACAUACAUUCUAUACUGUAUUGUCCUGUUUAAAAAUGUUUGCCUUUUGUCCAUGAAUGGUAAUGGCAGCCUUAGUUCCCACACCUUCUUUGAUUUUUAUACUAGUAUUAGAAUCCUCAAACAUCAGCUGAUCCAAAUGGUCUGAAGCUGUGAAUUCUACUAUCUAAAGAAACCCAAAGUAGGACUACAUGUUUUCAGUGUAGUAUCCUAUACUAUUUAUUUUGAGAUUACAGAGCAGUUGCUUUGAUGAGAUACUGUUUUGUAGCUUCAGUAAUGUUUAUCUGUAAGGAAAUCUUCCAACUUGACCAUGUACUGUAAUCAUGAUCUUGCAGAAUCUUGGGAUUAAGCCACUUGGUAAGCCUUCUACUUUUCACGUAGGAGACAUUGUGACUAUGGCAGAUAUGUAUGACCAGUAUUUAAGGGCCAAAUUGUGUUGAAAAUUCAUUUCAAACCAUGGUCUUGUACUAAGUUACAGGAAAGGCAUAUUAUAGUAUUUUUAACUGUAUUUGUACUGUUUCAGUAAAUGACAAAAGAUUUUACAUGUGACAAAAGACAAUUUCUAAUGGUUUCUGUAGAGGUAAGAUUGAAAUUUGAUUCAGAACAAUUAUAAUGACAAUAAAUUAUACAAUUGAUGUAUUUGAUAUUAAGUCUUAAUAAAAUACUAUCUUGUAUAAUAUCUAUUACCCAUUUGCAUGUUCACCAGAACUUUUUUAAUUGCUAGUAAUAUCUAAGAUGAUCAUUUGUUAAUCUCUGAAAAAACUGGUUACCUAAAGGACAAUAUUUUGUAACAAAACUCAUAAGGGCUGUGGCAUCACAAAUAGACCAGCCUCAUAGGCAUCAAAGUACUGCUAAGUGUUGUUCCAGAAUCUGGCCCUUGAGUGUCUUUGCCUAUGCCUUCCAUACUCUCACAGGACUUUUGUUAAGUAUUUGGUGUGACUUUGUAUGUUGUAUCUCCUGUGUGUUUUUUUUAUGGUCAUCAAUUAUUAUUGUAGUUUCUUGGAGAUUUUUCAUAAGAAUAUCCCUUGAUUUUUAUUAAAAUGUUGAUUAAAUAACAA